CCAAUUUGCUGUAUAAAAUGCCUUUUAAACCUAAGUAUUUUUCAUAAAAUGGGACACAAGAUCAUAAAAGUGGCACGUAUGCCAAUACAAGUGUUAUUUUUUGCCGCCAAGACAACGGGGUUACUUUUUGCCGCCAAUACAACGGGGAUUGUAUUACUAGUGGCUGUUGUUUGUGGAGUCCUAUUAUUUGGCGUAAACUGUGAGCCACAGUUUACGCCAUAUCAUAUAGCAUUUUCAUGGAUCAGAUACACGAGUAUGAUGAAAAAGUAAAGGAGGAAGAAUGCUACGGUGCUGAAAAGAAAGGUGGAAUCGUGUGCAGGAAGAAGAAGAAGAAGAAGACGAAGAAGAAGAAUUCGAAGAGAAGCAGAAAAAGAUGGAAGAAUCGACUCUGGGAGAAUCGAACGGUAUGGAUCGAGGCAAGCAGGUAUGUGUUAAUCUCAAUGAUGAAUCAAAUGCCGAAAACCUUAGUGGAGCAAAUGAAGGUUCUUUAUCUCAAAGCGUCCAGGAUAAUGAAAUGGUAGAAACUAACAACCCAUCAUUGAAAUUUAAUAGUCAGAAGCCACUUUGGGAAUUAACUGAUGCGGAGAUAUGGAAAAUGCAAUUUGAUACAGUUGAUGAUGCAGCCAAAUUCUAUUACGAUUAUGCACGUGAGAUUGGUUUCAGUGUUAGGAAAUCUCACAAGGAAGUUUACAAGGAAUGCCAAGUUUCUCAAAAGUUAGUUUGUUCAGCUGAAGGUGAACGACAUAGCAUAGAGAACAGGAGAAGAGCACCUAAGAGGUUGACAAGGUUUAAUUGCAAUGCGUCAUUUCAGGUGAAAUUAGAUCGUAUCACAGGGAAAUAUGUGGUUACAUGUUUUGUUAGAGAUCAUAGUCAUGAUCUUCUCCCAUCUCCUAGCUCUAUGUACUUACGUUUGCAUGGAAGGGUAGUGAAUGGUGAUAAGGCUCAAGUAGCUGCUUUGAGGAAUGCAGGGGAUUUACAUAAUCAUAUUGAUGCUGUUCGAAGAUAUCCCAUUAGCACUGUGGAUACUGACAGUGUAUUACUAUAUUUGGAGUCAAAAGCUUUAGAGGACCGUGGUUACUUUUACAGUCACACUGUUAAUAAACAUGGUCAUCUUCAAAACUUAUUGUGGAUGGAUUCAAAGUCUCGUUUUGAUUACAGUUGCUUUGGUGAUGUGUUGAUUUUUGAUUCUACUUAUAAGACUAAUGUCUAUGGAAAACCUCUUCUCAUCUUUCUUGUUAUGAACAAUCAUCAUCAAACGAUUAUAUUUGCUGCUGCCCUACUAGCAGAUGAGACUGAGGACUCUUAUAUGUGGAUGUUGGAUACAUUCUUGAGGGCAAUGGGUGGACGAAAACCAAUUUCUGUUGUCACUGAUUGUGAUGAAGAGAUGCAAAAGGCCAUCAAGAAUCUUUUACCAGAGGCCCGACAUCGCCUAUGUACUUGGCAUAUCAGCCAGAAUGUAACAAGUCAUUGGGCAGCUAUAAUUGGUGAUUUUAACAACUGUAUGCAUAUGGUAGGUACCCCAGAGCAGUUUGAGGAGGCUUGGAAUAAAAUGAUUAAAACAUACAACCUAGGUGACCAACAAUUUUUCAAUGACCUUUAUAGGAAAAGAGAACAGUGGGCUGAAGCUUAUCUACGUGGUUAUUUUUUUGCUGGUGUGAGGACAACCCAACGGUGUGAAAUUCAGAACGGCUUUGUCAAGUGUUAUUUAACCAGUAGAAACAACUUAACGGAGUUCUUUCGAAAUUUUGAAAUUGCAAUUAUGAACAACCGACAGCGGGAGGUGCAGGCAGACUUUCAAUCAAAGAUGAAAAAGCCUAUUAUAGGUGAACAGUUAAAGUUAUACAAGGAACAAAUGGGUUCUGUGUAUACAAAGGCUUCAUUUGAGAAAUUUUGUAUGAUUGCAAAUGAGGAAACGAACUUUGUUGUGGAUCGUACUGAGCACAUAAAUGACCACCAACGCAUUCAUUUUGUUUGCAAGUGGUAUAAUCCAGAAUCCAGAUGGAGGGUUUUCUUUGAUUCUUCAAGCAUUGAAGCAAAGUGCUCAUGUCUAAAGUUCGAGGAAUUAGGGUUUCCUUGUGCUCAUAUGAUUGUUGUGUUUAAGGUGGAACACCUUCGCCUCAUCCCUGAAAGUUGCAUUAUGAAACGUUGGACUCUCAAUGCCAAAGCCAGUAUUCAUCACAAAGACAAUCAUGCAUCCACCCUUGCUUCUAAGGUUUCAUCAACAGGUCGUUUCUUUGAGCUAUUAAAUACUGCUUAUACUGUCUGUUCUCUGGGUGCAAAAUCCCACAACACAUUCCGUGAAGGCAUUGCUGGUUUGAAUUCUCUGAAAGUAUUCUUGGAAGGAGUGGAUGUUGACAGAGGAACAAGAUGUCAAAUUUUAGGUGAGCCGAGUACUAGAAAUACGAAUAAAUGAGGAAACUUUGGUUUGUGACCCAUGGAAAUACAUAUGACUUGAGAGAAAUAUAAAGACUAAUGGAAGAGAUAAGGGUGAAAGUGCGAUUGAUAACAUGAACAGCUUUUGCACUGGCAGAUGGGUUGGCAAAAGAAGAAACAUUAAGGGGGCAAUUGUACAAACGUCAAGUGGUUUGUAGGGGUCAAAUCUUGUAUUUUUUGAGAUGGUUAGCCAAGGCUAACUUUCCUCAAAGGGAUUUCAUCUUUACGCAAUCUGCUUUUUCUAUUGUAUAUAAUUUCUUUUUUUACUCAAAAAAGGAGCUCUGUUUGUUUUGAUCAUGUAGAGAGCAGAGGAAAUUUUGUAAAAAUAGAAGAAAGGAUAUAAGCAA